AGUCCAGCGAUUCCUAGCUAUUAUGGCAUAUAACAUGUCGAGGGAACUGGCGCGCGCGCACGCCCCUCUCAUGUCUUCCUUCUCCCCUCGGCACCAACGCUUUCUUGAGCGCCUCAACGCGCUUCUCGACGACCCGCUCGCGCCGCUUCCAAAAAAGCAGCAGGCGGCGUUCAACAAGCAGCUCAAGGAGCGGCUCGCCAUCGUCAAGGCCUACGCCGGAGCUGCCACCCCGCGGCGCUCGAAGGGCGUGCAUCGAGCCCGGGCCUCCGCCUCCGCCGCCACCGCCACCGCCAAUUCUGCUGUCGACACCGCCCAGGCCCGGCUUGACGCCAUCCUUGAGCUCGAGCCCGGCCAGCGCGACAUGGCAGAUACCUGGCGCAUUGCCCUCCGUCCGCCGCCACAGGUCAGCCGCCGUGAGGCCGAGGACGCCGCGAUCGGCAGACUCUUGCAAGGAAUCGAACUCCACCGGCCCGGCACUUGGCGCAAGUCGGCCCCGCACCUGAACGAGCGCCACCACGCACUACAGGCGCACGCCAAGCUCCAGACGUACUAUGGGGACGACGGCAGCCGGCUCGUCCAGUUGCACAGUCGCAUCUCGUCCGGCGAGACCGCCGGCGACCUCAGCUCUUUUUACACCCGGCUCGACAUUCAGCUCGACACGCUCGAGUUUGGGCUUCGCUGGCUCGCCAUCGGCGCAUCGUCGUCCAAUGGCGGGCGCUCCAUCGUCAAGGAAGAGUUUUAUCGCAACGCGUAUCUCGCCGAGUUUCCCGCCGCCGACAGGAACACCGUCCAGCAAGACCCAGAGUUUGCGCGCUGGAAGAAGAACGUGAUGGGCUCGGUCGUCAGCGGCAGGAACAGACUCGUUCAGGUCUAUCUCAAGUUUGGUUUCCUCAUUCUCAUCGACCCCUUCUGGGACGCGCGCAAGCUGUACAACAACGCCCGGACGAGCCAGUUUCCCACCCUUGUCGCCCUCCUCUUGGACCAACACAAGGCAUCACGUUUGCCCUCUAAUCAGACCGUUGCCAGUUUCCUCACCAGUCUCAACUCGACAUACCGCGACCGUGCUCAGGACCUGUACACGCUCGAACGCGAGCUGUUUGGCGCGGCGGAGGAGGUGCCCGUGGAUGAGGGAGAGGAGGAGGAGGAGGAGGAGGAGGAGGAGGAGGAGGAGGACGACGACGACGACGAAGUAGUGUUUGAGCUCCCUCUGUACCAAGAUUAGGCCCAUGCAAUGCAUGGACAAAACAUAUCGAUCAUGUUGAACUUUUGCCACGUC